AUGGCGCUGGAAAUCAAGGAAGAAAUUUUAUCGAAUGAAAAGAUUUUUAGAGGUUUCAGAAAGCAACCAGUUGUUGUGCUUGACCGAUUAAAUAUUAAACCUUUCCUAAAUGAUAGUCGAGUGAGUUAUAAACACAACGUAGUCUCUUCAGAGGCUGAUAGUGGAUCCAUCAAGCCAGACUUGAAUAAGUUGUCACUAUUAUGUUCAGUGGUUUUAGUGCGUGAUGAUUUGGAAAAGUUGAAGUAUGGGAUAAGUAAAAUUGCUAGUAAUAACCCCUAUAAUUCAAGUGCAAGUAAGUGUGGGAUUGUAUAUUACAAUUGCAAUUCUUGCAGUAAAACAUACAAAAGUGUUAAACGAUUGCAAAAUCAUCUGGCAAAGAAACAUAAUACGGUUGAAAAACCCCAGCCACAGAAGCGGGUAAGUUUCUCUGAUCAUAUAAUUGUGCAUGAAGUUCAGGAGUACCACAGAUGCAAGAAAUGCACAAAAAUAUUCACAGGCUAUAAACUUUUAAAGAAGCAUAUAAAGCAGAAGCAUAAGAAACGUAAAUUUUACAUUUGUAACUACUGCUCCAACAAGUUUAUUGACAGAAUAUAUUUCAAAACUCACAUUAAAUUGCAUUGUGAUUCCUGUGGUUUGUUACUACCUACUAAGGCUGAAUAUUUAGAACAUAAACGUAACAUAUGUCGUAAUGUUAAAAUGUACAAUUGUAAGACGUGCAAGGAGAAUUACUUUCAAUUUAUGGAUUUAAAGGACCAUAGCUACGAACACAUCAGUAGCUGUUUCGUUUGUGAUAUAUGUAAAGAUCAGUUUGAAACUAAAUGUGCUGUAGCACACCACAUCUCAUUUUUACAUUCGGACAAGCGUCCAGAAGUAUUAUAUACCCUUCGUAACCUGGGAAGUGAUAGACUUUACCUGUGUAACUUCUGUGAGGAGAGUUCUGUUGAGAAGGAUUUGAUAGAAUCACAUGUCUCUGUUCUGCCUGAUUUAAGCAACCGUGCAAUGACAGGUUACAAAGAUUUUUACUUUUGUGAUCAGUGCUUGAAGAAGUUUGAUAAGGAAACUGAUAUGCUGCAGCACAAGUGGUCACAUUUCCUAAAAACAAGUGACAAUUCUCAAUUAAGGGAAAAUAUUACCAUUAAAGACAAUUUAGUCACAGAAAAAGAAAGCGAUAUUAAUGAGAAUGUGCCUAACACAACUUUACCAAUAGCUGUAGAUGAGAUAAUUGAUACAAAUAAUGAAAAAUCACUAGAACAAGUGUCAAGUUCUAAGCAGAAUUUGUCUGAAAGCAUGCAAAUCCAUGUUGUGGACCAGAAUAUUGUCAUUGACAGUCGAUUAAAAACCUUUCUUGCUAACUCUAUACCCUCGCCAAGCCCACAGCCUUAUAAUAACGAAGCUGUUGGUUUGCACGUUCAACCGAUAGAUUACAUGAACCCACCCAAAAAGGCUAUAGUGGAUCCAAGAUCUAAAAAGACUAUACUAUCAAGGUUUAAUUGUGAGAUCUGUGGAAAAUACUACUCUUCAAACUACACUUUGGCAAGACACAAAGCGACACAGCAUUUCCCGAACAACAAUCUAAGGUGCGACAUUUGCGAAGAAACAUUUGUGUGGCCCUCUUUAUUGCAGUCACACAAUUGUAUUCGUAUGAACAUACCGGAAAUGCCAUUUGAUGAUGCUAGACCGGAAAUACAGUUUGAUAACCUCCAAGGUGCAAGUAAUGGACUAGAGGAAUUAAACAUAGAAGAUGAUGAUUAUGCAGUAGGUGUCGAUUUUGACAUCCCGGCCCCAAUUGUUGAGUUAACCGAAUACGACCAUCAGAUUAUAACAGACCCUAUACCUGAAAAGAUCAACCAUAUCAACGAUUUAAAGUCAUGUGUACAGAGUUUAGGUUAUAAAUUAGUUAUACAAGAAGUACCAAUAGAGUUCUAG